AUGCUUCCUAGCCCUGUAACUUCCACACCGUUCUCGGUUAAGGACAUUCUGAAGUUGGAGCAACAGCACUCCCAUCACGCUUUCCAUCAACACGGAAUUUUCUUUCCGGAGCAGGAUGUGGCAACCGUUCCGUCUCCACAGUGUCUGCACUCGGCUCUCGGGAGCCUCGACGCGUUGUACAGCCCAGAGAAACCGUCUUGCGCUACAGGAGGGCAGUUAAAAUGUCACAUAAACACGGAGGACUUUGACAUCCUGAGAGGCUCGUGUGGCUCCCCAACAGAAGAGGAGACGGAUCCAAGCGAAGACCCAGGCACCUGUAGCCACGACGAUUCGCUGGGCUGUAGAGGACCAAAGACGGACUUCUGCCCCGAAAGGACGACGCCACGGCAGCGCAGAAAACCGCGGGUUCUCUUUUCUCAAGCUCAGGUGUUUGAGCUUGAGCGACGCUUCAAACAGCAACGAUAUCUUUCAGCUCCAGAACGCGACCACCUCGCCAGUCUGCUAAAACUCACGUCCACGCAGGUCAAAAUCUGGUUUCAGAACCGGAGGUACAAGUGUAAGCGACAGAGACAGGACAAGUCGCUGGAACUAGCCGGACACCCGCCUCCACCUCGAAGGGUAGCAGUGCCUGUUUUGGUUCGAGAUGGUAAGCCCUGCAUAGGAGGAUCUCAGGCGUACACGGGGCCAUACAAUGUAACGGUUGGCACUUAUCCUUACAAUGCCUACUACAGCGGCUAUAGCAACAACCCAUAUGGCUGUAACUACCCAGGCAUGCCCUCAGUGCCCAAUGCCACGCAAGCCACUAGCCACAUAGUAAACAUGAACCUCACCAUGGGAAGCGCAGAGGGGCCGCUAAACCAGCAAGGACACUUUCAGGCGGCGCUACAGGGAAUCAGAGCGUGGUGA